ACCUGGUCACACCAUUCGGGCAGGUGGAAAGGGGACACCAAAAACUGCUGAGAAUAACAAACUGUGCAAUUGCGAUAAGAGAAAAAAAAAAUAACAAUAUGACGAAAACAAAUUCUUUGUUAAAACAUUGAUACUCGGGAGAGGAUCUGCGACAGCGGGAGCCCACAACAUAGCUGUGGAGUUCCGUAAAUAAAUGACGAGCUCUAAAGGUCAACAAAUCAGCUGAUGGAAACUGCGCAGACAAAUAACCAUCGUACCAUCCAUUGAGUGGAAUAACAAUUAUUAUAAAGCUUUGUAGGCUGAUUCACUUGUUUGUGAUUGACUGCGACCAUUAUCUGGUGAUAGCAUAUAGCAGGCACGUCACUCGCGCUUUGUUUGCCCCCAAACGCACAUCGCACGAUGAGGCUCCAACACUCAGGCAUCCUCUUCGGGCUGCUGGUGGCCAUUUUUUUGGCGCCAUCUGAAGGCUUUUGGCCUUGGCCCACAACUAGCACAACACCUGCUCCGCCGCCGCCACCUCCUGAACCAAAGCUAUCGCCAGUGAUUUUUGUGCCCGGUGAUGGCGGAUGCCAGCUGGAUGCCCGCCUGAACAAAUCCAGCUCGCCAUACUUCGUGUGUGAGAAGACAUCUAAUUGGUACAAUCUCUGGCUGGACCUGGAGCAACUGGUAAUACCCAUGGUCUACUGCUGGAUCGACAACGUCAAGUUGUACUACGAUAAGGCAACCAGGACGACGCACAACACACCAGGAGUGGAGACCCGUAUACCUGGUUGGGGCGAUCCCGAGGUGGUGGAGUGGAUCGAUCCCACGAGAAACAGCGCCGGAGCCUACUUCAAGGACAUAGCCAACGUGCUGGUGGAUCUGGGCUAUGUGCGAAAAAUGAACAUUCACGGCGCGCCCUAUGAUUUCCGCAAGGCGCCAAAUGAAAACAAGCAAUUUUUCAUUGAUCUCAAGCAACUGGUCGAGGACACAUACGAGGCCAACAAUCAGUCGGCCGUCACAUUCAUUACUCACAGCAUGGGCAGUCCCAUGACGCUUAUCUUCCUGCAAGAGCAGACGCUGGCCUGGAAGAAUAAGUACGUGCGGCGCCAGAUCAGCCUGGCGGGAGCCUGGGCGGGCAGUUUCAAAGCGGUGAAGGUGUUUGCCAUGGGCGACGACCUUGACUCCUUCGCGCUCAGUGCUAAGAUCCUAAAGGCCGAGCAGAUAACGCAUCCCUCGACCGCCUGGUUGCUGCCAUCCCCGCUGUUCUGGAAGCCCUCGGAGGUGUUGGCCACAACCCCCACGCGCAACUAUACAAUGGCACAGCUCAAGGAGUUCUUCAACGACAUAGACUACAUGACUGGCUGGGAAAUGCGAAAGGAUACGUUGCGUUACUCUAAAAAUUUCAACCCCCCGGAUGUAGAGCUGCAUUGUCUCUACGGUGAUGGCUUAGACACAGUGGAAAGAUUGCAGUACAAAAAGUCCACUAUUGCGGACGAAACGCCCAAGCUGAUCAUGGGCCUUGGCGACGGAACCGUCAACCAGCGUUCCCUGCGAGCCUGCCAGUAUUGGUCGGGCUACUCCAGCGCGCCAGUGUCCACGCUCGCCCUCCAGGGCGUGGACCACAUGAAGAUCCUGGCCAACGGGGAUGUUCUCAAAUACGUUCGCACCGUCAUGCAGCAGCCGUAGUCCUAGCAAUAGUUUUCGUCCUAAUUUGACUAGAUUAAGCCCCAAUCUCUGUUGUUUCGUAGAGUUCGCAGCUAUAUCUGUAAAAUGUAUCGAUUAAACCAACGCCAAUUUUAAUGUUUAAAUAAAUGUAAUUCGUUAAGUAGCACAA